AUGGCUCAAGGUAGAAAAAGAGUUGCUGUUAAGCAUGAUAGAAAUGAUAGAAUAAGUGAUCUACCAAAUAAUGUUCUCAAUCGUAUCCUUGAGCUCUUGCCAGUUCAUGAUGCAGCCAGAACUAGUAUCUUGUCCAAACAAUGGAGAUCUGUUUGGGCAAUGCUUCCAAAUAUGAAGUUGGAUAAUCACUUCUGCAACAAAUUAAUGAUAAAGUGCCUGGGCAGUUUCAAAGGGAAUUCCAUUCACGCUCAAUUUGUUGUGGUAUCUAAGUUCUGCCUGAACAGUGUAGCAACUUUACAGUUGUUAAGUACCUUGCAGUACUCUAAUGGAACCUGA